CGUGGACAACAGCGAGUACAUGAGGAAUGGGGACUUCUUGCCCACUCGCCUGCAGGCCCAGCAGGAUGCUGUCAACAUCGUGUGCCACUCCAAAACCCGCAGCAACCCCGAGAACAACGUGGGGCUCAUCACCUUGGCCAAUAACUGUGAAGUGCUGACCACGCUCACCCCAGACACGGGCAGGAUCCUCUCCAAGCUUCACACAGUGCAGCCCAAAGGGAAAAUCACCUUUUGCACGGGGAUCAGAGUUGCUCACCUGGCUUUGAAACACCGCCAAGGCAAGAACCACAAGAUGAGGAUCAUCGCCUUCGUCGGGAGCCCCGUGGAGGAUAACGAGAAGGACCUGGUGAAGCUGGCGAAGCGUCUCAAGAAGGAGAAGGUCAACGUUGAUAUCAUCAAUUUUGGAGAAGAGGGGCCCAGCCUGGCUGAUGCCCUCAUCAGCUCCCCCAUCCUGGCAGGGGAGGGGGGGGCCAUGCUGGGCCUCGGCGCCAGCGACUUCGAGUUCGGCGUGGACCCCAGCGCGGACCCGGAGCUGGCUCUG